CCAAAUGGAGCUAAAUGUAUAUCCACACCAUUUUCUGCAAACCGAAAAUGUACAUCCACACAAUAGACUUCAAACUACUAUAUAAACCCAAGAAUACUAGUGUUCCCAACAUCAAUACAACCAGCAGCACUUUUUCAAACCGGGGAACCAACCUUGUCUACUUUCACACACUGGGAAACAAAUGAGCACCAUCUGUCACACCUACAAAAUAAUUUUCAUGCUAAAAAUCCCUGCUGAACCACUCCCGCCACUUAAAGCAAAACCGACUCAUUCCCCCUCACAGAUUUGUUGGUGUUUGGGUGGGUGAGAAAGAGGGGGACAUUUUACUUAGAAGGUUAGUAGCUGAUCCCCAAUUAUCUUCUUUGAUUGGAAUCUCAAAAGCUGCAGACAGCAACCAAUACCCAAAGAUGCAAUGCCCUGACCAACUUACAUAUAACACAAUGAGGUUAGACAAGGAUGAACAGAUGAUUAAGAAUCAGGAUACUAUUUCCGGGAUGUGUCAGCCACAAUAACUCCGUCAUUGCAGCAUGUUGACUUCACAUCAGAAAGCUGUAAAACAUGCUAUGAUAAUCAUGCUUUGGUGGUUUCCCUAUGAGACAAACGUCAGCAAUCACUUACAUUACAAUCUUGCUUCAAAGUGAGGAAGAAAAAGAGAAACUCAUUUCAAGCUGUCACAUCAUAGAUGUUAAUGCUUGUUUCAAGUGCUAGCAUUUUGUAUGGCAAUCGUCUCAAGUGUUUUCAGUGCAAGGUAAAAUACUUAAAAAGAACUGUGCAGGGCACACAGAGGAUGAAAAAGAAGAAUGCUUUUCGGAGAAUAUAAAUAUUUUGGUCAAGAUAAAGAUUCAACACUCCAAUGCACAAACAAGAACUUGUAAGAGAAUAUAUGCAUCUUGGGCGCAUAGAAUAUUCUAAACAAAACAAACUAAAAGCUGCUGAGUAAAGGUCAUCAGCCCUUCACCUUAAUGCAACAAAAAGCUAAGUCUUACUCCAAAAGAUACAUUGAUCUUAAUAUGCACAGGAAUUCUUUUUAAUCACAAAAUUACAAGAAAAAGAUACGAAAAAAAAUAAUAAAAAAGCAAGAAUAGUAUCCAUUACAGAAACUCUUAUCUGAAUUUCUCAAGAAUGAAAGAUACCACAUAUAUCUAGAAAAAAAUCAUCAAAUUUUAAUUAUUGAAGAAAUUGAGAGAGCCUAG